AUAGCCCAAUAACAAUCUGUUCCAUUUAUAUUACUUCUGUCAGCAGUAUUCAGUAAUUGAUCUGUAUUCACGAUCCGAUACUUAUCGAAUAACCAUUAAUACCCUCAAGCUUCUCGAAGCAAACUAUAAACGCGUGAAAAUCUACAAGGACGUAUUCGACAUUCCACGAGUAAAGAGAUGAGUUCUGAAGUUAAAGCCAGCUGGCGAAGAAGUAAAAAAGCAAAUAGAUUAGCCAAAAUACGACAACACCCUCUACCUACAAGCCAUAGAUACCAUGACUCAUAAGGGCAACACCGACAUUUGUCAUCAUUUGAUAAAUCUAACCAACCCUGAAGGGCAUAUUCGUCUUUCCAAAUAGUUAUAAAGAGACAGAGACGAAGAAGGAGAGAGAGAAAGAGACAAGAUUAGAGAAGAGGAUAAGAGAGAGAAAGAUAUAGAGAAUUUGUUGUCUUUUUUUCUUUUUCUUUUGUGGGGUAUUUGUUUUUUUUUUUCUCCUUAAAAAGUUUUUUUUUUUGUGUGUAUGAAAAAAAAAGCUUUGAAAUUCUCUCUCGACAAUGGUGUCGGACCAGGAUCUAGCGAAAGGAGUCGAGACUUUGCUUCGACAAUCCGACCCUAGCUCUCUCACAUCGUUAAGCAGUAUUGUUCAGCAGCUUGAAGCUAAGUUAGGGUUAGACCUCACGGAGAAGACGACUUUCAUCAGAGAUCAGAUCAAUAUCCUCCUCCGUGCUCACCAAAACCCUUCUGCCUCCGUCGCCUCCGCUUCAUCCGUACAACAAUCUCACCCUCCUCCUCCGCCGUCUUCUCACCAGCAGCAGAAUUUGCAUUCCGGCGUCAAUGUUCCUCCGAUGGCGAAAGGGCAUUUCACACUUAGCCAUCCUUCGCAAUUCUCUGUUUCUUCUCAAUCACAACAAUAUCCUUCACAUUUCGCUCUUCAGCCUCCUUAUCACUCUUAUGACCUAAAUUUCCGGCAGCCUUAUCCGGUUUACAUGCCGCCGCAACAGCACCAGCAUCAGCAGCAGUCUCCGCGACAACAACAAUCCUCUGUGAUGCUCUCACAUGGCGGGAAUGCUUCUCUAUCUGUUAAUCAAGCCCCAAAAGAAAGUGCUCCGGCUGGAACUAAAAGAAAGGGUGGUCCUGGAGGACUAAACAAAGUCUGUAGGGUUUCUCCAGAACUUGAAGUAGUUGUUGGUGAACCUGCUCUUCCUAGAACUGAGAUUGUGAGGCAAUUGUGGGCUUAUAUAAGGAAGAAUAACCUUCAAGACCCGAGUAACAAGCGGAAGAUCAUCUGUGAUGAUGCGUUGCGUGUGGUUUUUGAGACUGAUUGCACUGACAUGUUCAAGAUGAAUAAGUUGCUUGCUAAGCAUAUUCUCCCGCUUGAUCCAUCAAAGGACUCUGGUCAAGCAAAAAAGGCAAAAACUGAGGUGGAGACUAAGACUGAGACCACCGAGCCUAUUAGUUCAACUGCUAUUAGUUCAACUGUUACAUUAUCUGAGCCACUUGGUAAGUUCUUUGGCACUGGUGAGACGGAGAUGGCAGACGAAGAGAUUAUUCGCCGUGUUUGGGAAUACAUAAAACUCAACAAUUUAGAGGACCCAGUAAAUCCAAUGGCUAUUCAGUGUGAUGAAAAGCUCCGAGAUCUUCUUGGAUGUGAAAGCAUUUCAGCUGUGGGGAUAAAUGAGAUGCUGAGGCGCCAUAUGUACAAGCAGUCGUGAUAUCUUCUGGUCUGACUUAAUUAACUAGGAACUACUAGUGUGUGUAUCUAGGGAACCUACUUAUGACUCCUUGCUGUAGAACUCUGAUAGGGAAGAAAAGAUCCUUUUCACUUUUAACUUCCUUUAAUGCUAUUUUAAUCUUCCGUUGGGUUCUUUGUUUUAGUUGGUUGUGUAUCGACAUGCUUAGGUUGAUGUUGUAUUUAGUAUUGUACCGAAACUCUAGUGUUAAGGGUGAAACGGCGCAGAUGUUUUGUAUUAAACGCCAUUCACCCAUGAAUGUCUUAGGAAAAAAAAACUCAUGUGUUUAACUAUGUUUUCCCUGUUGGAAAUAUUUGCAUCCUACUGAUAGAAAAAUCUUAUUCCCU